ACUCAAACUGCGAACGGGAACAUGUCCAAUAGUAAAUUAUUAGUAAUGCUCCUCCCAAUUGAAACACCCCUGUACACCGGUCCCACACGCACGUACUUACCGCUACAGGUAGUUUCGACCGAAGGUCUCCUCAAUAGAAAUUGAACUGAAUUGGUUUUCUUUUUCUAUAACAAUUUAUUUUUGCAAGUAAUUUUUGAUUUAUACUAAACGUUUCUACUGCCUUUUUCCUCGAGUGCCAUCUUGAAAUUCAAACUCAGCUAAAGCGGAGAUGCAUCUAUGGCCUUCAACAAAGCUGAGGGACUCAUUCAAGUUCCCUUAUGUCAGAAAUCUCGACAGGAAAACCAGUCAAAUGAGAGCUGAAAAGAGAGCUUCCGCUGCCCUACAACAGAACCUGUUGGAUGCUGAAGCCGGAGCUUCCGUUAAUGGAAAAAUGGCCGAUAACUGUCAAAAUUCGGAGGGUCAAAGUCAAAGUCGGUUUAUUCAUAUUUGUAAAAUGGUUCUGCUUUCUUUAACGUGCGGUUGCUGCUGCUGUGGAGCUUGUUGCGAGGAAUUCGGUUGCUGCUAAUUCAGUAUGCAAUUUGUGGACUGUUAAAAAGAAAGAUUGAAAACGGGGAACAUUUCAAGUGUGAUGUAGCCUCUAUGUAUACACACUAGGAAAAUAAGAAUAGAAGUUAGGAGAAUUGAGUCAGAUAAUCAGAUAAUGACUUGUAAUUCUUGAAAGCUCUGGAUUCUAGUUUCUGUAUGUAUCAUACGACGUUUUGUUUUUUCUUAUCCAUCAUUUGUAGUAAAACAGAGACGUGCUGCUCAAACUGCCCCAACUGUACAAUAAUAUUAUAGUAUCCAUGCACUGUGAUAUAUCCAUUUUGCUUAUGUUCAUUUUUCUUUCUUAAACAACAACAUUUUUGUUUUAUUUUC